CCAAGAUUAAUUUUCGUCCCGCCUGUUAGGUUAUUCUCUUAGUCGGUAGUCGCCAUUCCAACCAUCUCGAUACCCUAUUCGCGACCAUGUGGAGGGCAGCUCGCGGCUCCGUGUGCUUAUUAUGCCGCUCGGCAGCACAACCCAGGAUCUCACUCCUAGAGUCGGCGCAGCCAUGGAUCAGCCAGCGUAGCUUUGUAACGCGGAGAGACACCAAAGACCGCCCAUCACGCAUGGUGCUGUCCGACCGUGUCGCCCGCGGACCGCGAACAGAUGCUCCCAAGAGAUCCCGUCAGAGACCCGAGGGUCCUUGGGCGGGCGCCAAUCGGACCGUCGCCAACGUCGACCGCGACCGCCGCCGACGACCCCCGGGGUCAGCACAAGCACCCGGCGAAGGCACACGCGACAGAGACAGAGACACCAGGAACACCAGAGAGAGGUACCCGGGCGCGACUCGGGACAGGGACGAUAACCGCUUCAAGGCCCUCAAGAUGCAGCGUGCCCUCACCAGCAUUCCCUACCGCGAACGUGUCACUGUCAAGGCCCGCAUCUCCGACGUCGAAUCCUUCGAUCAGUUCAAGCUACUGCCGGUCUUGAAAGAGGCCGUCUACAACGAGGUGCUGAAGGGCAUGGUGGACGUGAAGCCCACUCCGGUCCAGAGGCUCGCCAUCCCCGCCCUACUCGGGCAGCGGGCCGCGCGGCGCAGGGAUACAAACUACCGCAUGCCGACGCCCGAGACUCAAAGAGAAGAGUUCCUCCUGGCCGCCGAGACCGGGUCCGGCAAGACGCUGGCGUACUUGCUACCCGUCAUCAACGCCCUCAAGGUGGCCGAGGCCGAGGACGCAGAUGCCAAGGCAUACAACGAGCGGCUAGAGGCCGAGAAGGAGCGCCGGGGAGGAACCCCGGUGUCGGAAUGGAUCGACAAAUUCGAGCCGCACCCCAACCAUGCCCGCCCCCGCGUCGUCGUGCUAGUUCCGACAUCCGAGCUCGUCGACCAGGUGCUCGCCGCCUCGAAAAAGAUCUCCCACGUGGCCAAGAUCAAAGUCCGCUCCAUCUCGUCCAACCAGCUCCCGGCCAAGAUCCAGCGCAACAUGUACAGCCAUGGCGGCAUCGACAUGGUCGUUGCCACCCCGCAUCUCCUCGCCGCCAUGGCACACAGAGACCCCAAUAUCCUUUCGCGUGUGCAGCACCUCGUCAUUGACGAGGCUGACUCCCUCCUCGACCGCUCCUUCUCCCCAGAGACCUCCAAGAUUGUCGAGCGCGCUAUGCCCUCGGUCAAGCAGCUCAUCCUCUGCUCCGCCACCAUCCCGCGCCGCCUCGACAACUACCUGGCCACACACUUCCCCAAUAUCGUGCGCAUCGCGACGCCCAACCUGCACGCCAUCCCGCGCCGCGUCCAGCUCGGCGUCAUCGACGUGUCCAAGGACCCUUACCGCAACAACAAGCUGCUUGCGUGCGCCGACGCCAUCUGGACCAUCGGCAAGGACGCCGCCAUGCACGAGGGCGCCGACAAGGACGAGGUCGACAUCAAGCGCAUCAUGGUGUUUGUCAACGAGCGCGACACGACCCAGGAGGUGGCCGAGUAUCUGGUGUCCAAGGGCAUCGACGCCAUCGCCCUGCACCGCGACACCCCCGAGCACCGCCAGAGCGAGAUGCUGAACAGCUUCACCACCAACGAGCCCAUGCGCAUGAGCAAGGACGCCGUCGAGGCGAAUAAGCAGGCUAUUCUGGCCAAGGCGGGCGGCGUCAGCCGGAGGCAUCUGCCGAACACCAAGGUCAUCGUGGCCACCGACUUGGCAUCGCGGGGUAUCGAUACGCUGGCCGUCAGGCACGUAGUGCUGUAUGACGUGCCGCAUACCACCAUCGAUUUUAUUCACCGGCUCGGCAGGGCGGGGAGGAUGGGGAGGCGCGGCAGGGGAGUUGUGCUGGUGGGCAAGGACGACCGGAGGGAUGUCGUGUCAGAAGUGAAGGAGAGCAUGUUCAUGGGGCAGGCGCUAAUCUAGUGUAUGAUGUAUAUGAUGUAUGAUAUAGGGGGUUGCAUUAUAGGAGUAGAGGCAUAGAUACCUAGCGCAUUAGAAGGUUGGGUUGUAUGUUGGCGAGGUUGUAAGAAACUCGGCUCAUCACGCUGGCUAUUUGAAUCUGAUCUAAUGAAUAUAAUCGGCCAUGUCUCCCA